CUGGGAGGUGCGGCCUGGUCGGGGCGAGCGGCCAUGGAGACCAGAGCGAGAGGAUGAAUAAAGGUUGGCUGGAGCUGGAGAGCGACCCCGGGCUCUUCACCCUACUGGUAGAGGAUUUUGGUGUGAAAGGGGUUCAGGUGGAGGAGAUCUAUGACUUACACUGUAAAGUCCAGGGCCCAGUGUAUGGGUUCAUCUUCCUGUUCAAAUGGAUUGAAGAGCGCAGGUCGCGACGGAAGGUGACGCCACUGGUGGAUGAGACGUCUGUGAUCGAUGAGGAGAUUGUUAACGACAUGUUUUUUGCUCAUCAGCUGAUCCCAAACUCGUGUGCGACUCAUGCCUUGCUCAGUGUCCUUCUGAACUGCGAUGACGUGGAAUUGGGUCCUACUCUCAGCUGGAUGAAAGACUUCACUAAAGGAUUCAGUCCAGAGAGCAAAGGUUAUGCAAUUGGCAACGCUCCAGAACUAGCCAAGGCCCACAACAGCCAUGCCAGGCCGGAACCACGACACCUACCAGAGAAACAGAACGGGAUCAGCACAGUGCGGACCAUGGAGGCCUUUCACUUUGUCAGCUACGUUCCCAUUAACGGUCGACUCUUUGAACUGGAUGGGUUGAAAGCGUACCCCAUCGACCACGGGCCAUGGGGCGAGGAUGAAGAGUGGACAGACAAAGCGAGGAGAGUUAUAAUGGAGCGAAUAGGACUCGCGACUGCUGGAGAACCGUAUGAUAUCCGCUUUAACCUGAUGGCAGUGGUGCCCGAUCGAAGGAUCAAGUACGAGACAAAGUUGAGCCUUCUGAAGAUGAACCGGCAAACAGUGCUGGAGGCGUUACAGCAGACGCUAAUCCACGUCACUCAGCCGGAGCUGAUCCAGACACAGAAACCCCAGGAGGCUCAGGCCAUGGAGGAAGCGAAGCAAGCCUUAAAAAAACCUGCAGCUGAAAUCGAGGCCGUCAAGACCCAGCCUGUCCAGGACACUGCACAGCCUGGAUCCACUGAAGACCCUGUGGCCCAAAUUCAGCCGAUUUCCACAACCAGCCCAUCAAGCAAACCCAACGUUCCAACCAAAACGCCAGGUCCCAGCACGAAUGGACCACAACCGUCCCCCAGUCUUGUUCCACAACGUCUUCCUGCUUUUCUCGAUAACCACAACUAUGCCAAGUCACCAAUGCAGGAAGAGGAAGAUCUCGCCUCUGGUGUUGGCCAUGGCCGAAUACCAGUCUCGCAGCAUCACCAUUACUUGAACAAUCAAGUCGAUGAUGACUACGAUGAGGAAGAUGAGGAUGAUUGUCACAACACAAACACUGCUGUCAGGUAUAAAAAGAAAACCAAAUUAUUACAGGAGCAGAGACCCAGUAAACCUAACGAGCAACUUUCCCUCCUUCAACCCAACACUAUCAACGUGCUGACCGAGAAGCUAAAGGAAUCGCAGAAGGACUUGUCUCUUCCUCUCUCUAUAAAAACCACUGCGGGUGGUAUCGCUGUCCAUUCCCAGCCUUCGCCAACCCCCAGCAAUGAGAGCACAGACACCGCUUCAGAAAUCGGAAGUGCUUUCAACUCUCCCCUUCGCUCCCCCAUCCGGUCGGCGAAUCCCACCCGCCCUUCAAGCCCCGUCACCUCUCAGAUCUCCAAAGCGUUGUUUGGGGAGGAGGAAAGCCUGUCACGAGUGGACUGUAUGCGCUAUAACCGAGCCGUGCGUGACCUUGGGCCGGUUGUUAGUACGAACCUUUUGCAUCUCGGAGAGGGAGGAGUGCUGCAGACUCUUGGAAUCACCGUUAUAGAGCAGCAGAAAACAGACGGUAUUAAAAGAUCACCGUUGGCUCACAGCGGAGUCAGCCCCAGUGAAAUCAAAAUGGAAGACGGUAAAGAGUCCUCAGCAUUGUGUGACCGGAAGGAGAGAUCGCCAGUGAGUGGGAACAAUGAACCAAAUGUUGCAGAAAAAUAUUCACCAAAAGAGUUGCUGGCAUUGCUAAAGUGUGUAGAGGCUGAGAUCUCCAACUACGAGGCGUGCCUUAAGGAGGAGGUGGAAAAGCGGAAAAAGUAUAAGAUCGAUGAUCAGCGAAGGACCCACAAUUAUGAUGAGUUCAUCUGUACCUUUAUCUCCAUGCUGGCUCAGGAAGGAAUGCUGGCAAGCCUCGUGGAACAGAACAUAUCUGUUCGCCGGAGGCAGGGUGUGAGCAUCGGACGUCUCCACAAACAGCGUAAGCCAGAUCGGCGGAAACGCUCCAGACCGUACAAAGCCAAACGGCAGUGAUAUUAAAGACUGACUGCACAUUAGCACGGACGUCAUGCUUGAGCACCCAAGCAUUCUCUGCGAGUGUCUGACAACAGCUCUUGGUCCUGAGACCAUUUGCUUCAGGCUGUCUGUCCCCGGCAGAGGACAGAUAAUUACACUAAUGUUGGAUCUGGCUUGGAAAAGAAAACUGAGGAUGGGAGCGGUAGAAUGUCAGUGAGUCAAGGCUAGUGGUGUCAAGGAGACUGUUUUCUAAACGUGGACCACAACAAAAUAGCACAAAGCUGACCACCCCCCCCACCCCAAUCUUCUUAUUGCCCUUACCAACAGAAGCAUGACAAACUACACUGGGAGGUAUAGCCUUGAUCUGGCUUCUAUUGUGUACGCAGACUGAAUGAACUGCUUUUAUUCCAUCUGAUCCACCCACCCAACCCAACCCCUGGGUGAGCAGUAUCCCUCGUCAUUUCAUUUUGGGGGGUGGGGGAACACUUAUUUUGUGGACAGGGAAAGGACAACUGUUCUGCUGUUACAACCCUGACACUGACUGAUUGGAUUGAGGGCUCAGAAGGGAGUUGGUUGCUUGAAGUUGGCUGCGACACAUGUAGAAGAACACCGAGGGUUUGGAUACUCGCUUGGGGUAUCUUUGUUUGGAGGUUUCUUGUUUGAAUUUUGAAUUAAUUGCCAAUUUAAAUUAAAGAGCACUUUUUAAAACGGCUGCAUUGAGCAAUAAAUUGAAACAAACCUGAAAUGAAA